GCUCUCCUUGCGCCCCAGUCCUCCGCCUCCUCCCCCGCCCCUUCCCACCUCCGCCCACUUGACGCGAUGACGCACGGCAGGUUUGCGGACGUGGCGGCGGCGCAAGGUCCGGAAGACCGAGACGUUGGUUGCGGUUGUGGUGGCGGCGGCGGCUGGGGAGGAGGACCACGGGUGCAGCCAGAAACGGAGGUUCUGUCAUGAACUUUCCCGGGACGGCAGCGUCGGCGGACCUGGCAGCCGUUUCCUCGUCGCGACCCCCUUGCUAACGGGACAGAUUUUGACAUUAUGGCAGGGAGGCAUCAGAAUCGUAGCUUUCCUCUUCCAGGAGUUCAUUCAAGUGGUCAAGUACAUGCAUUUGGAAAUUGUAUGGAGAGUGAUGUGUUGGAGGAGGAUGCUGAAGUGUAUGAGCUUCGAUCCAGAGGAAAAGAGAAAAUCCGAAGAAGUACAUCAAGAGAUAGACUCGAUGACAUUAUAGUAUUAACAAAAGAUAUACAGGAAGGAGACACUUUAAAUGCCAUAGCCCUUCAAUACUGUUGUACGGUAGCAGAUAUCAAGAGGGUUAACAAUCUCAUCUGCGAUCAAGACUUUUUUGCCCUUAGGUCUAUCAAAAUACCAGUAAAAAAGUUUAGUUCAUUGACUGAAACACUUUAUCCUCCAAAAGGAAGACAGGCUUCACAUCCAUCAUCUGUUCAAUACGUUCCAGAACAGCAGGAAAUUCUGCCAUCUAAUGAUUCUCUUUCUUCCAGUGAGUCAGCUGGUAGCUUUUUAAAAGAAGUGGACCGAGACAUAGAACAAAUAGUAAAAUGUACAGACACCAAAAGAGAGAACCUUAACGAGGUGGUGUCUGCCUUAACAGCACAACAAGUACGUUUUGAACCUGAGAACAAAAACAUUCAACGUAAGGAUCCUUAUUAUGGAGCAGACUGGGGAAUAGGGUGGUGGACAGCUGUAGUGAUAAUGUUGAUAGUAGGCAUAAUAACGCCAGUAUUUUACUUGCUGUAUUACGAAAUUUUAGCUAAAGUGGAUGUUAGUCACCAUUCAACAGUGGAUUCUUCACAUCUGCAUUCAGGAGUCACACCCCCAUCACAGCAGAGAGAAAUGGACAAUGGAAUUGCUCCAACUAAAGGAAUGCCCUUUGGUCAACAAGAUGAUCAUAAACUAUAUAGUCGUGAUUCUCAGUCACCUGCUGCUCAACACAAAACAUAGCAUUAGCUCAUAACAAUGUUAGUGAUCACAGGUACAUCUGGAAUGUGGUGAACCAAUUAUAUUCAAUAACCACUUCAGAGGCAGAAUUUAGGGAAGUUUGAAGAUGCUUUUGUUUUUCACCUUUGAGCCAUCUACAAAUGGAUUGAGUACAAAAUCCCUGCAGUUGCUGGUUAUUUAUAUUGAGAGCAGUAAAUCCAUAUAUCUGUUUUAUCAAUGGUUAAAGCAGAAAUUAAUUAAAUAGUAUCUACUAGGAAGUUCUUAACUUGGAAAACCCAUCAUUUUUCUUAUUCAAAAUUGGUUAUAUUUAAAUUUUAUUUUUAAGUAAUAAUUUUUGGUUUAAGGCUAUUAGUUAAUAAGCAGAAUAAUGAUAGCAUCAGAUACCUGCAACUGAAGAAAAUUUGCUCCUGCGAACCAUCAAAAUAGUUGCAAAAAAAGUUUGACUCUAAAAUUAUUUAUGAUAGUACACACUUAAUACUCCAUUUUGAAACUUUGAAAAUAAGUUUAGCACAUAAUGCUAUGAAAACUUAAGUAGGAACAGAAGUGGGAAAGUAAUGUAUGUAAUAAUGUCUGUAAUAGAGGCUAAGAUAUAGAUUAAAUAUUUUUUAGCCCUGAAAAUAAUGUGUAUGGUUGGGAAGUUGCCAUUUAAUCACUAGAACACUGGAUUAGGUAAAGACCUAAAAGAAAUCUUUGUCUCUUAAAGAAUGCUGCCUCUGCUUCUGUUUUUUAAGUGAUUAUAUUUGUCUCUGAUAUUUGAAAGCACUUUUGUAAUUUUUGAUGAAAAGUGUUAUACAUGGACAGAUUAGCAUUGAGACAGUAACACUAUAUACUGUGAUAAGUUGUUGCUAUGUUAUAUGUGGUAACAUGCCUUAAUUGCAUUUAAUGCCUUAUGUGUAAUCUAAGUUUUAAAAUUAAAGUUAGGCAUUAUUUCAUACGGUUCUAUCAAGAUUCAUAACAUAGGCUGUACAAAUUCAUCUCUACCUUCACUGUCAAGCACAAAUUAAUGGGGUCAACACAAAUUUUCAUUGCCUCUGAAGUCUGUUGCAGAAAAUGGUUCAUUAAGCAAAAGCAGUAAUUUAGAGACCUUUUGCCUUAGCAAGAACAGGCAUGUUGCUGUUUUUAUUGACUUCUUAACCUCUGUUUUUCAAAGAGAAAGUGUCCAACAUAAACCUUUUCUUCCCCUGAACUGUAGCAUAAAAUUGGAGAACAGAGGCCAAAGAUUUAUGAAUUGGUUGAAAGGGCUUGAUAGUGCCACUUUUUAAGAUCUAUGGAUCUGCUAGAUAAGAAGCAUUUGCAUACUGAUCCCAUCAUUUAAUUUUUAAAAGUAUGUUUUUAAAAAUGUAACCAGAAUGAUUCAUUAGAAGUAAGAUUUGGCGUCUGGAUUGCGUUUUUGUAUAAUAAAGUAUGUACCUUAAGAUCUAUAAUACCACCUCAUUUUCUGGGCAUUAUUUCCUAAUUUUAAUGUUUCAGCUUUUUGACCAAUUUGUAUUUCAUACUCCAAUCUUGAUACAGCAUGGGGUGAAUGUACCUUCAUAAAAAAGUUUCAUAAAAAGAUAGGACAGAGAAGUCAAACAUUAAAACCUUUGCCUAUAUUUGAGGAACUUAGACAAUUACCAAAAAGUAUUAAUAUAGAAGUUGCAGCAAAUUGAUUUUUUGAAUAACUCUUUUAGUUUAAAAUUUAAAAAAUUGUUUUAAUGUGCCUUGGGCAUCUUGAAAAGAAGAAUAUGAUCUUUCUAAUUUAUGCUCAGUGUUAACUUGGUCAGUUUACAUUGUAUUUAUUAAGCCUGCUGAAAAAUCAAGUUUGAGGGAAGAAAAUACAGAUUAUUUUAGAGUAGAAUGGGGCUGUAUGGCCUUUCAAGAACUUUGUUUACAUCAAAUUGAUGAAAUUAUGGAGAGUCAGUGAUUCCUUUUUGCUAGCUAGUGGUACUUUGAAAUUGUGAUAGAGGUCUGAUUUCCAGGAUAUGUCACUUAUUUUUAAAGUAGUGAGGUGUAUGCUAUGUACUUGCUGAUUAAAAACCAUUUCUGUCUUGCAAAAUGCCCUGUUCCUUGAAGGGAAUAUAACAUCCUUAUACAAAAUCAGGCAGUUUCCUUUUUCUGUAUAUUUGAAUUAUAUAUUUUAAUUGAAUAUAAUUUGAAUUAUAUAUAAUUCUAUAUGUUAUAUAUAGAAUUAGAUUCUAAACGUCAUUUUUAAAAGAAAAAUUCUUAAGCAUUUAAUAGGUGCAGAAUAAUUUUAGCUUUUAAAAAGUACUAAUAUACAUCAAAAUUUGUAGCAAAUGCAGGUUACUUUGUAAAACUUAAUAAAGUAAGAAAUUGUUAUUGUUGGACAUUGUGGACAUCAAUUGUAUUGAAACACUUAAUUUGAAAUUGAGGCUUCAUGUUAAAGGAUAUAUAUGUAUAGUAUACGUAAAAGUAACAACUGAAUCAUUAUAUUUGGUUCACUUAAAAAAUUGGAGUUGUGAAGAAAAAUCAGCUAUUUUUAAGGCUUUUUUUAAAUUAAAGUCUGGGUCCAAUGUUAAGGUUGUUUUGAACUAAUGUAUGUCAUUUAAGAUAUACUGAUGAUAGAGUCUGCUGGCCACAUGAAGAAUUUAGAAGACUGCAAUGUUAAAUUAACUUCUCCAGAGGGCUUUUUGUUUUUUAAAGCUUUUCUUUUUCUGGAUUCUACUUGCUGUUCAGUGACCUGAAGAGUUUUUUAAAUGAACCACUACUUAGCAAUUAGUUCUUUUUAAAAAGUAUUUACUUCUAAAAUUACCUACUUGGGAAUAUGAAGGAUACAAGUUAGAAUUUUAGAAAUAUGAAGCAAGGAUCCAGUCAGUGUUAUAGGGUGAAAGUGUAAUUUUUAGAACUAUUUAUUUAAAUGGUGCAUUAUGAUGGAAAUCAUUAUUUUGAAUUACAACAAUGUUGCUCAGGAAGUCAGUAUUUUUUUUUUCCAAGUAUGUGCAUAUUGCACUGUUAGAGCAUAGAAAUAUCUGCAUUAUAUAAUUCUUUCUACAUGCAAAAAGUAUAAAUCUUUUGUAUAAUGUAUUUUAUACAAAUGCAGAAUGGAAUUGUAGAACUUUAUGUUAGCAUGUUCACCUGUAAAACUGGUUUUCAAAAGUUUUUGUCCCUUAUUUUUCAUAUUUUAAAAGAUCUUCAGAAUAUAAUAAAGUUUCUAUUUUAUUCAAUCUAAAAUGGAAGCUGGUGAAUUUAAUUGAAUAAAACAAACCUUUUCUCCUCCUCUUUCAAACUAUUUGAAAUAGAGCUAUUAUGUUAAGAUAGAUCAAGUUGCCACCCCCCCUUGUUACACUGAAACAAAAUCCACUGGAUUAUUUAUAGGA